CGUCUUCCUCGCCGUUUAAACCUUAAACCCUUCAAAAACCAAAACCCUAGCAAACCAGUGCAAGCAGCAGCAGCAGUUCCGAUUUCCCCUCAACACUCCUCACAUUGAUUCCGACCAUGAAGAACAAGAAGAGAGGCGGUGGCUCAGCUCCCAAGGGACCCAAAAAGGGCAAGGCUUUCUCUCUCGACGAGGAUCCCUUCUUCGGCACCGAAUCCAAGAAGCGCCGGAAAGUCGAGCGCGAUGAGAUUGAGAGCGAAUCAGACGACGACUACGGGGCCGUCGGGGCGGACGGCGAGGGCGGCGGAGAGGAGGCCGACGAGGAGGAGGAGGCUAUAGUGGAAACGGCAGACGAGAAGAGGAAUAGGCUGGCUCAUGAGUUCUUGGAGAACACUCGGGAGCUGCUGAGGAGGGCCAAGGAAGAUGAGGAUGAUGAUAGCGGUGAAGAGGGUGUGAAGGAAGGCGAGAUGGACUCGCUUGUUGGCAAGAUGUUGCAGCAGCAGCAGCUCGAGGACAGCGGCCGAGCUCGCCGUGCCAUUGCUUCUAGGGUUAAAAAGCCAGAAUCUACUGAUGAAUUUCGGAUAUUAGUGAAGCAUCGACAAACUGUUACUGCUGUGGUUCUGUCCGAGAAUGACCUCAGGGGCUUUUCAGCUUCUAAGGAUGGCACCAUUCUACAGUGGGAUGUAGAUAGUGGGAAAAGUGAAAAGUAUCUAUGGCCUAGUGAUGAAGUACUUAAGUCCCAUGGGGUCAAGGAUCCACAAGGUCGAGCUAAAAAGCAUAGUAAACACGUGUUAGCACUAGCAGUUAGCUCUGAUGGUCGGUAUUUGGCAAGUGGGGGCUUAGAUCGCCAUGUUCAUUUGUGGGAUACUCGUACACGAGAGCAUAUUCUGGCUUUUCCAGGUCACAGGGGCCCCGUUUCAUGUUUAACUUUCAGGCAAGGGUCUUCAGAACUUUUUUCUGGUGCAUAUGAUCGAACAGUUAAGAUAUGGAAUGUAGAAGAUAGAGCUUACAUAAACACAUUAUUUGGUCAUCAAGGGGAAGUAUUAAGUCUUGAUUGCCUACGGAAAGAAAGGGUAUUGACUGUUGGACAUGAUCGAAGCAUGCAGUUAUUUAAGGUCCCAGAGGAGUCACGUUUAGUAUUCCGUGCCCCUGCAUCUUCAUUGGAAUGUUGUUGUUUUAUUAGCAAUGACGAAUUCUUAUCUGGUUCUGAUGAUGGAAGUGUUGAGCUUUGGAACAUGGUGCGGAAGAAGCCUGUUUGCAUAGUUAAGAAUGCUCAUCCUUUAUUGGCUGCACACAAAGAAGUCGAACAAAAGGAUGGUAAUAGAAUCCCAAAUGGUCACAUAGAAAAUGGUAACCACACUUCUGAAAGCUUUGAUUGUUCAUCAACCAAUUCUUGGAUCAGUUCCGUCACUGUUUGUAGAGGCAGUGACCUCGCUGCAUCAGGAGCUGGUAAUGGCUCUGUUCGAUUAUGGGCUAUUGAAAGUGAGAGCAGAGUGCUUCAGCCGUUACACAACAUCCCAUUGGUUGGAUUUGUGAAUUCUUUAGCUUUUGCAAAAUCUGGACGGUUUCUGGUUGCAGGAGUUGGGAAGGAACCUCGUCUAGGAAGGUGGGGACAUAACCCAGCUGCUCGGAACGGAAUCGCAAUCCAUUCCAUUAAGCUUUCAUCAGAAGAUACAAACACUCUCUAAGCUCUCGGUUUUGACAAUCAUAUGUUCUUGCACCUCCCAAUUUUGACAACAAUGAGUUGAUGAGUUAAAUGAAAUGAUGUUCCUUCUGCUCAGAUUUUAUGUAGUUGAGCUUUUGUUCUUGUACUGUGUCAUCGACGACGUUGAAUUUCAUACGACGAGGAGGGCAACAUUUUUCAAUGUGCAUUCGAAUCAGAAGUCGAAUAGUAGCAAGUGAUGUAAGAAUUUGAAGACCUAAAUUAGUAGCCUGUGGUACAUCAUACGGGAUUUUCCUGCAGAAGUUGCUUGCGACGAUGUUUAAUCCACCAUUCUCUUCGAACAAUUCCAAGCUCCGAACAAAUAAACGUUCACUGUAAAAGCAUGUGGAAUUUUAUGUAGCAAAAUUGGAUCAUUAACAUGUUGCAAUUAUCAAAAACGGUUGUAAACAGAAGAGUUUAUGAGCAUUUUCAAUUA